UGCUGGACUUUUCUCACAGAAGUUACAACCUGCAGAAUCUUUGAGAAACUGGUGACAGCGAGAUACCACUUCGGCUGUGAGUGUGUGUCAGAACGUAUCAGUGUGUGUGUCAGUGUGUGUGUGAGUGUGUGUUUCUUCUGCACCCUAAAAACAACAUGUAUAAAGUUGGCUCCUUUCUUCGGGGACGCGCUCUAACGGGAGCGUCCCGCUGGCGACCGCCCGGCCCGUCAACAGAAUUCCACCUGCCAACUGGUGCAUUAUAUCAGAAGACCUCCCCCAGUCACCUCCCCACAGACAUCCCAGAGAUGCCCCCAUGCAGUUUCAAACCAGAGGAAUACAAGGGUAUGUCCAAAGAGCGGAUGAUGGAGAUCCGCAGAAAGAACUGCAACCCCAUGAUCAUGAAGGUUACCUCCUAUAAGAAGCCAGUGUUUGUCCACCAGGGACACAUGCAGUGGCUGUGGGACGUGGACGGGAAGCGGUAUUUGGAUUUUUUUGCCGGCGUGGCAACAGUCAGCGUGGGCCACUGCCACCCGAGAGUAACAGCAGCUGCAUUGCAACAGUUGAAGAGACUGUGGCAUACGACCAACAUCUACGUCUACCCUCCUCUGCAUGAGUACUGUGAGAAACUAGCCUCCCACCUCCCAGAUCCUCUCAAGGUGGUAUAUUUGACCAACAGUGGCUCGGAAGCCAAUGACCUGGCUAUGAUGAUGGCUCGACUCCACACAGGCAACUUUGAUAUCAUCACUUUCAGAGGAUCUUAUCACGGUGGCAGCCCACAGACCAUUGGUCUUACUUCCAACGCAGCAUAUAAAUAUCCAAUUGCCGGUGCCUCAGGCUGCACAAAUACCAUGUGUCCCGAUGUGUUCAGAGGUCCCUGGGGAGGAAGCCAUUGCAGGGACUCUCCGGUUCAGACCAUCAGAGACUGUGGCUGUGCUCAAGGUCAUUGCAUGGCAAAUGAACAGUACAUCGGACAGCUCAAAGAGACGUUUGCUACCAGCGUCCCAAGUCGAAUUGCUGCUUUCUUUGCGGAGCCCAUCCAGGGAGUUGGAGGAGCUGUGCAGUACCCUAAAAACUUCCUGAAGGAGGCUUAUACACUUGUGAGAGAGAGAGGAGGCGUCUGCAUCGCCGAUGAGGUGCAGACUGGAUUUGGACGAACAGGAACCCACUUCUGGGGUUUCCAAGGUCAUGACGUCAUUCCCGAUAUGGUCACGAUGGCGAAAGGCAUCGGUAAUGGAUUCCCAAUGGGAGCUGUUGUUACAACACCAGAAAUCGCCGCCUCAUUUGCCAAGGGCGUUCACUUCAACACGUUUGGAGGGAAUCCCAUGGCCUGUGCAGUCGCUUCAUCAGUACUCGACACAAUCAAAGAGGACAGCACGCAGCAGAUCAGCCUCAAAGUGGGCACCUAUAUGAUGCUGGAACUGGCAAAGCUCAGAGACAAGUACGAGAUUAUCGGGGAUGUCCGUGGGAAAGGCCUGCAGAUCGGUGUGGAAAUGGUCAAAGACAAGGCCAGCAGAGACCCUCUGCCUCCUGAUGAAAUGAAUAAGAUCUUCGAGGACGUCAAGGACAUGGGGAUCCUGAUAGGGAAAGGAGGAGUAUAUGGACAGACCUUUCGUGUCAAACCCCCAAUGUGCAUCACGAUGGAAGACGCAGAUUUCUUCCUGGCAGUUUUUGAAAAGUCCGUCCACGACUACAUGGAGAGAAGAUAAACGCCAUGCUGACCCUCUGAAGAAGUGAACUUCUCUUGAACCUUUUUGAACAAUGAAUAGUAAUUAUAAUUUAUACUAUAAAAGCUCAGUACAUGACCCAAUUACUCAUGAAUUAAAUGAGAAAAUAUAUCUUGUACAGUGCAUCAUCUUCAGAAAAGUUAUUUUGUGCUUUUCUGAUCCACUUAGGUCUAUCAAUAUAUUAUGAUUUAUGAAAACUUUUCUGAUGAAUGUAAUAAUGAAUCUGUAGGUAUUUUGUAAAGGUUCUGUCUAUUUCUGGUAUAUAAGCUAACAGCUUUAAUCAUCUUUUUUAAUCCAGUUGAUCCCAUAUAUACAUAAAUCAUAUUCAUUAUCUUGCAAUAAAAUGUAUUUUUUCAUCUUA